UGGGUUUUUUCUUUUCUUUUCUUUUCACUCUCCAAUCCAAUUCCUCGGCGACUUUUUUGGUUUUUUCGUUACAAGUCGCGAUCGGAGUAGCCGACUGAAUCGCCGGGAGAUCUCUCUCUCUACGCCUCCUGGAUUUUGAUUCGCUUCAAGGCAGGUGGCUUGGUUCUUCAGGGUGAGGACAAAUGUUAUAGACAAUAAUCUUCUGUGCCCAGAUGAGCAGAGCCAAUGUUAUUGGCAGUAGAAGGAGGAGGAUUCUUCUCUUCUUCGGCGUCCGGGUAUAGCAAAGGCCUGACCCUUCUUUUCUUGGGUCAGAAGAACGAAGACAAACCCAUGAGAGUUUCGCCGUGGAAUCAGUACCAGUUGGUGGACCAAGAAUCUGACCCUGACCUCCAGCUGGCUUCCACGAAGAAUCGACUUGCCCGCGGGUGCGCUUCCUUUGUCUGUUUUGGUCGCACUUCCGCCGGGCUUGACUCUCCAUCUCCUCUUAAAGUUGGCCCUGCCCAACAGCAGGACGUCUUGCCAGGGUCUCUCGUUUCUGAUAAGAGCAAAGAUCAAACAGAUGAUCCUGAUCAUAACAAUAGUAAUGCAAGAAAGGUUUCUCUUAAAAGUAGCUUGAAGAAACCGUCAAACAGUACUUCAGCUUCUGUUGAGAGUGGUAAUGCGCGUGUAAGGCUUGGUGAAGCCGGCAGUGAUAAUCUCAAUAAUGCUGAAAGGAGGAAAGUACAAUGGACGGAUGCUUGUGGGAUCGAACUAGCUGAAAUCAAGGAAUUCGAGCCCAGCGAAGUGGAUUUAUCAGACGAUGAAUUCGACAACGGGACUGAAAGAAGUUGUUCAUGUACAAUCAUGUAGUUUGGCUUUUACCUGAGAUUAUUUGGGCUCAGCCUCUCUCUUUGAAUGCAAAUGAUGGAAAACAAGUCAAUUGCUGCUAAAGGAGCUUGUUCAUUCUUCCUUGGAGCUUUCUGGACUAUUUUCCGAAUGAACUUGGGAAAAAACGAAAGAAGCGGGUUUUUGAUACAACAGGUGCUACCACUAUAGCAAGGAGUAACAUUUCUUGCAACGAUCAUCGGACUGAUCAUUUGUGUCUAUAUUUGGUUGCUGCCGGUUUUCAAUUUUGUCUCUGGGGGCUCUGCCCUUUGCUUCAUUUUGUUUAUUUUCAACUUUUUGUGUUAUGUGUAUGACUGCAUUGCCCAUUGUUUUUGUCGUAAUUAUUGUGUUUAAAUUUUUAUUUUUUCCCCUGGGUUUGCUCUGUCAUAUUGUGUGAAUGAAUCUUCACAUCUUCUAUUUUCUCUAUUACGAGUAGAAAAAUUUAGAAGCGAAAGAAAAAAGUAGAUAUCUGAUUUUAAAGUUAAUAUAAGUGUUGCUGUGUUG